UGUCAUUGGGCUGCACGCGCGCUGAUUGGUGUGGGAGGGGGCUGCACGCUGGGCAUGCUGUUGGUUAGGAGUGGGGAUGCAGUUGCUGCAGGACUGGGGUGACAGCCUGAGGUGCAGGAGAUGGCUGGUAAAGAACUGUAUGUGUCUGCUCCCGGGAAAGUCAUCUUACAUGGAGAGCAUGCCGUGGUACAUGGGAAGGUGGCUUUGGCAGUAGGUUUAAAUUUAAGGACAUUCCUUAGGCUGAAGCCUAGCAGAGAUAAUAACACUAUGAAAAUUAACCUGCCAAAUAUUGGAGCCAAGUUGAGCUGGAAUAUCUCUGACCUUCAGACUUUAGUACCUUCAUUCCAAGAUUCUCCAGAAUGUAAGCCAGUCAGUCCUAGCCCGGAACAGCUGGAUAUUCUGAAGACCUUUGCAGGUGCCUACGGUGGAACCAAAGAUACUGAAAGUCUUGCUAUUCUAGCAUUCCUCUAUCUCUACCUAUCAAUCUGUGGACAAAAAUUGCCAAGUUUGGAAAUUGUGGUUUGGUCGCAGCUCCCAACAGGAGCUGGUUUGGGAUCCAGCGCUGCAUAUUCAGUGAGUCUCGCCGCCGCCCUGUUAACAGCCUCUGAAAAGAUUUCCUAUCCAGCUCAGGAUAACAUUGAAACUGCAAGGUGGACACAGAAUGAGCUGACUCUCAUUAAUGGAUGGGCCUUUCAGGGUGAGAAAGUCAUCCAUGGUAACCCAUCUGGAGUGGACAAUGCUGUAGGAACGUGGGGGGGGGCUUUACGGUAUCAGGCUGGUCAGAUAACUCCAAUUGAAAGGGUACCAAUGCUGCAAAUACUACUCACCAACACACGUGUCCCACGGAGCACAAAGAUCCUUGUGGCAGGAGUGAAAGACAAGCUACUGAAGUAUCCAAAUAUCAUGGAGCCAGUGCUUUCAUCUAUAAAUGCAAUAUCUGAAGAGUGCCAGCGAGUCCUACAAGCUGCAGUUGAUGGGCUUUCUAAAGAACAUUAUUCUGUAUUAGAGGAAUUAAUCGACAUUAAUCAACAUCAUUUAAAUGUGAUUGGUGUUGGUCACCCAUCCCUGGACAGGCUGUGCCAGGUGACAGCAUCCCAUGGGCUACACAGUAAGCUAACAGGAGCUGGAGGUGGCGGCUGUGCAAUCACCUUACUUCAACCUGACAUUGAGCCCACUGUCGUGGAUGCAGCCAAACAGCAGCUUUCAGAUUGUGGAUAUCAGUGCUGGGAGACCAGUAUUGGGGCCCCUGGGGUUUCUUUACAUUCUUCAUCAUCGCUGCUGGAAGAAGUCAAAAGAUCAUUGAACACAGCUUAAAGGACCAAAAAAAGCCCUGAACAAGGCAAAGCCUGUCAAGGAAAUUACAAUUUUUGUAUUUUUAAGCCUUGAGAAACUCUGACCCUGCAAUGUUAAUGGUGUGAGAGCAUACAGAUUACUGAUUGCAAGGCUGCACUUGUACUUGCAACUUAAAAGGGUUUUCCGAGGUUU